AUGGGCAAGGAUCGCUUCCUCCAUUGGGAAAUCGCCGUGCUGGAUCCUUCGUUUGAGGAUAUCCUGGACGAGAUCAAACAACAAGAUCAGGCAUUUGCUGAGCAGAAAAAGAUCUGCUCCGAGCUGACAGCAGUGCUCAAGAAGCGGAUGUCUGGCCGGGCGAAGGAAUUGGGCCUGGUCGUCGAGCCGGAGGAGGUGUCCCACCUCGAGGCUCCGCAGCAGAAGGCCGCUCGACAGCUUACAGCAGCUGAGCCUCCUGAGGAGUUCAGCACACCGGAGCGGGCCGACCGAAGCGCAGCUCAUAAGGCUGGGUCGCUUGACGUCUACACCCCCGAGCCAGUCGCAAAGGCAGAAGUGUCAGAGAUCUCCAGCCGGGGUUCCUCGCCGCCAAGACCCCGCAGGAUCUCUAUGUCCAAGGAGUCAACGGAGUCGAACGGCAAGGCUUCCUUCAUUGGGUAUCCAUCCGAACCAAAGCUCCAGGAGGAGGAUGGUUGUUUCAGCGCAUUCUUGUCCUGUGGAAGGCGGUGA